AUGGCAAGACUACUGGCUAGUCAUGAGCUGGCUUCCCCGAUCCCGAGCAUAGAAAGAUCAGAAUGGGACAGCUCUUUAGUUAUGCGCACCACGUUUGAAACAGCAACAUCCCCGUCUGCGACGUUGUCCAGCAAUGAUCGCUUUUGGGGAUGUGUUACGGAAGAUUUCAAGCGUCUCUACAACUUGGGGUCAUUAGGCGUCAAAUCUAUGGUUCAACGCAAGUUGUUAAAAUAUCGCACGGCGGACCAUACCAUUCGUCCUGUCGACCCUGAUGGUUAUCGGAUCGAAUCACUUUUAUGGCGAAUGGCGUAUCACAUUACCGGCGUCAGACAGUUGGAUAACCUACGACAUGGUCACCAAGAAGGACCUCUGGAGCCUGUUCCUGAAGUUGAUAUGUCUGUGGAAGAGAUCGAAGAAGACAUAUUGAAGCGGAGCAAGUUAGCAGAAAUGCGCUAUGACUUUGAUCAGGCCAGGGAGCUCCUGUUUAAUCUCUCUGACAUGUAUAAAGCCGAACAAUGUCUCGAUGAAUUGGAGUCCCGUUCAAAACUGCAUGACCAAAAGGAGAAACACCACGAAAUGGAAAGCGCGAAAGCAGAGAGUGACGGUGAUUGGGAGAAAGCCAAAUCCACGCUGCUCUUGAUGGAGAACAAGUUGAGAUCGGGACGACUUAUUAUGGCGUUGGAAAAGAGACAAGCAAUACAGGAGAAAUACAACAAACGUCUCCAAGAAGAGAUUGUGGAGGCACAAUUUGUUGAUCGUGACUUGACUAAGGCCUGUUCUCUGGUGUCCCAGAUGAAAGGCAAGAGGCCCAAAGCCUUCGUGGCAUUAUUCAAGUGCAAUGAGGCUUUGGCUCAGGGUGACUUUACCAGAGCUAGGUCUAUACUUUCGAACCCACAACUACCAUCGGCCCAUAUAGCCUUGGGGCUUAUGGUGGACCUUGCAGAAGAAGUGCACAAUGAUAACCAAGAGAAAGCUGCUUCUCUAUCUUUACUUCUUAAAAGGGAUUGCGGGAGAUUCCAAAAAGUCCUCUUGGACUCACAGGCUGGUGUUAGUGCAGAGAGCUGCGAUGGCCAUGUUGAGGCCCCGAGCUUGUUAUAUGAUCAACCUAAGGACGCAUCAGGUCAUCUAUCCGAUUUGGCUGAAAAGCAAAGCGAGCAAGCAGCCUUGGCCGGCGACUGGAAUAAAGCCAAGAAAUCACUACUCGGCAUUCCGAAAAACACGGUCUCCGGGCCACUCCUUAGAAAAUUAGAAGAGGAACGAUCGGCAUUUUAUGAGAUGGAGAAGGAUUUGGAAAGGCAAGCUAAGGAAGCAGAGAGGAACGGUGACUGGGAGAAGGCAAGAUCUUUCCUAUCUCGUAUCCAAAGCGACUUCGGCAAAUUCCUCCUUGCGGCAUUGGCAUACAGUGAGGCACGGUUAAGUCUGAAGGAAGAGCACAUGGAACUAUUUGUUGAGCUCCAGAAGGAAUAUCCCGAUCCUCGCCUCGAACAGGUGAAAUUCACACAGUACUUUGAAUAUACAGAACGGAAUGGGCCCCAAGAGAGAUCCAUCGACCUGCAUAGUCUUUUUGUCGGAGAAAAGAUGUUUGGAACUGGUGUUCUCUGGAAAAAGCCUGCUGAUUUCCGCAAGGUCUUUGAGAUGAUGGCUGAAGAUAUGCGCGAUGCCUGUGACAGGGCAUGGUACGGUCUGCCAGCUUUAAAUGUGCAAUCUCUAGCUGCAUAUCGAAGACAGCCUCGGGAAGUUCACAUAGCUGGGCAACCGCCUUCCUCCGAAAUUAUGCAGGCAGGGCUCGGUGAUUCCUUAGGCACCAGCUCAUCUUCACCGACGCUACCGGCGAUACCUCGCGACCCAUGUAUGGUAAUCCCCGGUCCGAUAGUGGUGCGAGAGUAUCAGUGGGACCGACCUGAAUUACCGUCAUUGAGCUUUGAUCAGCAGUUAAUCCUGAUUCAAAUAUGCCUUCGACACAAAAAGCAUUACACGAAACCGCAAGGCAAUAUCCACUUUUGGCACCGUGUUGCUGAUCAAUUUUGGGGAGUUGCGGGCUGGCACUGGAAACGUAUCAGGACGUAUAUUCAGGCCAAAGUACGUUCUGUGGCUGCAAGUGAUCGUGGUCCUCGAAUAUUACCACUCUUGGGUGAAUUUCGUUCCCAUAUCCAUUCCCUCAAGUAUCCGUCCCCUCGAAACAUCGUGAUGCAAUCGAGGUCGCCUCCACGGACAGGUUCGCGUAUCUCAGCACUUUCGCCUCGACCCAUCCCACGUCCGAGACGUUCAAGUAUUCCCAGUAUCACAGUAUUUCCGGGCCCGUCAGGAAACCUUACGAGUCAGGGAGCUGCAAAGCAUGGAGCCACAAAGCGGACAUUGUCACAGACUGGAUUCGAUGUUGAGAUCAGUUCGGAUGAAGAUAGACCUACACCUCUUGCCUCGCGACCCCGACAUAUUGACCCGUUUAGCUCUUCUCUGCACGCGCAUUCUGAAUCUAUGUGCAGGGAAAGCUCCGUGCAAGACCUUAUAACGAAAAGCAACGAAGCAAAAGAGCGGCAUGACUUUGAUAAAGCCAAGUCUCUGCUGCUUCAAAUCUCGGAUAAGACAGUUCUUGAGCCACUCCUUGCGGAAUUGGACAAGGCCCGGGAAAGUCAAAUACAAAUCAAUAGAGACCUUGAAAGAAGAGCCAAGGAAGCCGAGUUGAAGGAUGAAAGGCAAACGGCCAAGUCUCUGCUAUCUCGCGUUGUCGGCGAGGAUCCCUCUUUCCUUCUUCUAGCAUUGGAGUACAGUCGAACAAGGAAAGAGUGGGAAAUAUUUGAAUCAGAAGAAGCGCUGGAGCAGCUUAAGAAGAAAUACCCCGAUCCACGCCUUGAACAGGUGGAGCUUGACCAAAUUUCGAGUGUGCAGAAAUGUCUGGCAACCCACGAAAGAUCGGUCAUCAUCAAGGGUAGCUUCGUGCCUACAAAAGGAAAAAUGACAUGCGCCGUGCUCGUGACGAUGUUUGGUAUGCAACACCACCUCGAGCUAGGACUACAAGACUUGAAUCAGACACAGGCGCCCCAUCUCAAUCCCAUUCUCGAGACCAGUCUCCGCAAGUGGAUAUGUUUGCCGCACCCCGAUUGUCAGAAAGGGCGCGGGCGAUCUCAGGCUCAGUCUCAACCUCAAUCACAACCCCAAUCCCAAGACUUAGAUCUGGACCAAGAACUCGACUUCUUAGACAGGGCACGGGCAGAGAUCAUUAGUGGCAACGACAAGGCUAAGGCUCUCCUGCGCCAGGGAUCGAGCGAGGAAUGCAAAGAAGCCCUCCUAGCAUUGAAUAGAAGCCAACAAAUGCUUCUCGGUGACUUUGAGGAGUCUGCGACUUCACUGAUGGCCCAAACUGAGGAUGCGGAGAAUGAAUGGUAG